CUAUAGAACUGACUGGGAAUUGUCCCCUGCUGCUCCCUGUAACUCCCUUCUCAUGUGUCCCUGACAUUCCCAUCCCCUGUACUCACAUCUCCAGCCUCAUCUACUGGGACAGACCUUCUGAUGGAUCUCAGGCACUUCUGAUACACAGUGAGUGUGGGGCCCUCCUCUCUGCACACAGAGGCCCCGCCCAUUCCCAACAUGGAGUCACACGUGUCCUGUUCUCCAGAGAUGGAAACAAGGAGGUUAGAGGGGAAAUGGGAGAAUGAAGAGCCGGACACUGAGGAUCCUCUGGACACAAUAAAGAGGGAAAUGGAUCCCAUUUCUGGGGCCGCUUCCCCAGAGCCACAACCAGAAAUAUUACAGAUAAAGAUAAAGGAGGAAGAUCUGGACAUCGGAGAUCACGUGAAUUUAACUGAAAAUGCUACAGGGUCACUCACUUAUGGGGAUCAUUCGUUGAAUGGUGAACUGAACUGGGACAUCUCCAAAACAUGGCUCGGACAAUGGAGAUCAGAGGUCCCGGAGUCCAGUGGUCCCGCUAGUUCUUUGGAUACAGAAAAUGGUAAAACUUUAUAUAUAGAGAACCCGCUGCACAAAACACAGAGGAUUGACGCAGGGUUGAAACCUCUUGUCCGUAUGGAUCAUGGGAAAAACAUUAGUCAGAAAAGCAACUUGAAGAGAACCAAGAGGAUUCACACCGGGGAGAAUCUCUUCAUCUGCAGAGAAUGUGGGAGAAGCUUCACGUUCAGGAGCAGCCUCCAAAACCACAUCAAAAUCCACUCCGGCGAGAGAGUUUUCAAAUGUAGGGAAUGUGGCAAAUGUUUCCCCAUAAAGAACGAACUUCGCAAACAUUAUAAGGUUCACACUGGGGAGAAACCCUUCACCUGUACUGAAUGUGGGAAGAGCUUCUCUCAGAAGAACAAUCUCCUGGCGCACAAGAGGAUUCACACGGGGGAGAAGCCAUUCGCAUGCGUGGAAUGCGGCAGAAGGUUCUCCAUAAAGAGCAACCUUAUAUCACACAUGAGGACUCACACGGGCCAGAAACCCUUCACCUGCACGGAAUGUUGGAAGCGUUUUCCCCAGAAGUACCAGCUUCUCAUUCACAUGAAUAUUCACACCGGCGUGAAACGCUUCCCCUGUACAGAAUGUGAGAUGGUAUUUAAUUUAAGGAGCGCUCUCCAAAGACACCAGGCCAGUCAUUCCGGGGAUAAACCCUUCUCAUGUACGAUGUGCGAUAAGGGCUUCUCCGGAAAUAGCAGCCUCCUUACGCACCAGAAAAUCCACACAGGGGAGAAACCAUUUACCUGCACCGACUGUGGGAAAAACUUUUGUCAAAAGAACGAUCUUCUGACACACGAGAGGGUUCAUACGGGGGAGAAACCAUUCACUUGUGUGGAAUGUGGGAAAAGCUUCUCCAAUAGGAGCAACUUUCAUAAACACCAAAAAAUUCACACGGGAGAGAGGCCGUUUGCCUGUAAAGAAUGUGGGAAACGGUUCUGUCAGAAGAGCAACCUCCUCAGCCACCAGAAGCUGCACACGGGCCUGAAACCUUUUGGGUGCAUGGAAUGCGGGAGAUGCUUCUCUACAAAGAACGAACUUCUUAAUCAUGAGAAAAUUCACACCGGGGAGAAACCAUUCACCUGCACAGACUGUGGCAAAAGCUUCUCCCGGAAAAACCUUCUUCAUUCGCACAGAAGGACUCACACAGGAGAGAAACCGUUCAUAUGCGCUGAAUGUGGCAAAAGCUUCUAUCAGAAGAGCAGUCUCCUGGCGCACGAGCGGAUUCAUAGUGACGACAGGCCGUUUGCAUGCACUGAAUGCUGGGAAAGGUUUUCUCAAAAGUACCUGCUCCUGAGGCACAUGAACAGGCACAAGGGGCUAAAACCUUUCACAUGCACAGAGUGUGGGAAGGAUUUCAGUUUAAAGAGCAGCCUGCAGAGGCACCAGACCAUUCACACAGGGGAGAAACCAUUCACAUGCGCAAUAUGUGGCAAAAGCUUCUCCCAGAAGGGCACCCUCGACCGGCACCAUAAAAUUCACACCGGGGAAAAACCCUUCAGGUGUACGGAGUGUGGGAAAUGCUUCUCUCAAAAGAGCACCCUUCAAGGACACCAAAAAAUCCACUUGCGUUAAGUGUGCAGAGAGACCACCUACGAGAUAAAACUCUACCCAAAAAUAUUAUUGCCCUCUUAUUAGCCGUCAUGUUUUUCCUUUUAACCCCGCCAUCAACAUCAAUGUGAUUUUAUUAGCAGAUAAGAUGUAGAGUUUAUUCUGACGCCUUCCUGUACAUAACGCUCUCUCUAUCCUGAGCAGUAAUGGGACAUUAUAAGCAACGUCUUCUUUAGGUUUUUUUCCUAAAAUGGAUUGUUUUAUAUGUAAACUCCACCUCAUAUGAAUAUGUCUAUGUAUUUUUGUAUGCUAGUUCUUUAGUUCAGCUCCACUGCCUUUAUGUGUAUGAAUGUGUUCUGCCCGUAAGGUGCCUUUAAUGCUAGCCAUGCAAAUGAUGAAUCAGUGAAGGCUUUAAAUCUAUCAACAGUUAAAGAGAAAGAGAUCACGCUGUGCCAAGGUGGUGGGAAACCCUGAAAAAGAGAUGGUCUGUACUAAAGAAAAAAAGAUUUAUGUGUUGGCCAAUCAAGAACUGCCACCUGGGUCGGAGGAUGCUGAUCCACCUUGUGUGAGCCAUUAGUGCUUUGGGCAACGAGAACAUCUACAAAAGGGGAAAAUGAGUUAGCUCAGGCCUUAAGUUACCCUUUAACUAAACUCUGUAUCAGUGGCUGCCUGACUUUUGGGUUCCUUCCCAGGGAAGCAGUGGCUUGGGGCUCAGCCUGAAUUCCAAUGUGGGUGAAAUUUAAGGAUACCCCUGAAAGCCCAGCUUGGGGAUCACAGGGAAAUGUGGCAAAAGUCAGAUGAAGAAAUGUUUCUGUAACCUUGCUGCGAGCUAAAGGGGGCCUGGCCAAAUGUUGCACCUCAAAAAUGGGCUUGUGAAGUCCAGAAGCUGAACUGCCACCAUGCUCCUGCCACGUGCAAUAUCUGGUACUGGAAGGUCAGACUUUAGGUGAGAUUAUGUGGACAAUCAGUUUGGCCAUCCAUGUAGCAAUGAUUCAGUUAAUUGUUCAAUUUGCCUGUGGCCCCUGGUUCUUGCCAAUGUGCCCCCAUCUGCCCAAACUCCUAGACAGAUAUAGAAAUGGAAGAGAUGUGCCUUUAAAUGUUACACCAUUCACUGCUUUAAUAGAAUAUUUCCUCUUAAAAAACUUCAAAGAGGCCUGCCUGACCCAUAUGCACUGCAAAUCAGCAGAUAUCUAUUGUCACAUAUGUAAAUCGUGUUGGAGGAGAACCCAUCAGCGAGUUGACUCCUCAUCCACCGGGUAUCUGUGGGCCCCCAAUCAUUUGGUGAAGUCAACAUGUAUGGGAAGCUUUA